CCCAUCUACAAGGAAUUCUCAUUUGAGGUUCUGAUUCUGCCUCGGACAUUGCUCAAGUUCCCACUGUCUAGGUAAAAGAAAUACUCUCCAGACUUCUCCAGGAAUGCUGUUAAAAAGAACAGAGGUGACAAAGUUAUUUUAACAACUGAGAAACAAGGUGACUUUAGAGGAACUGUGCUCUGAGGAUGUUGUUUGUUUUUGAUGAAAAGGAACAAAUAGCACCAUAGAACAAGCCUUUAUAUCUGCAUUUAUUCUAGUCUUUUAAAGGCAAUGGAAGUGGCUUCUCACCAGAUGUGCUGGUGAAACUUGGUGCUUCUUGCCUCCGUGGACAUGAGUGACCCAAGGCAGUCACAAGCAGAGAAGCACAAGCUUGGCAGAGCCUCUUCGAAGUUCAUGGACCCUUCCAGAAUCAUGCAGUCAGAUGAUUAUUUUGCUCGAAAAUUUAAAGCCAUCAAUGGCAACAUGGGACCUACUGCUUCUUUAAAUGCCUCAAAUCCCAGUGAGAGUGGUGGUGGUGGUGGUGGUCCAGCUAAUGGUACUCCACCUGUGCCCAAGAUGGGUGUGCGAGCCAGAGUAUCUGAAUGGCCUCCCAAAAAAGACUUCUCCAAGGAGCCAACCUGCAAGACACUUUGGGAAAGCCGGUCUCAGACCAGCUAUGACAGUGUCACAUCCAUCUUGCAAAAUGGGCAGAGUGACCAGGGCGAUAGUCAGCAAGAGGAACAGCUGGAUCUAGACUUCGUAGAAGCCAAAUACACCAUCGGGGAUAUCUUCGUUCACUCCCCGCAAAGAGGACUCCACCCCAUACGACAGAGAAGCAACAGUGACGUCACCAUCAGUGACAUUGAUGCUGAAGACGUCUUAGACCAGCGUGCCGUCAACCCCAACACUGGGGCUGCCCUGCACAGGGAGUAUGGGAGCACAUCUUCCAUUGACAGGCAGGGCUUGUCUGGAGAAAACUUCUUUGCCAUGCUCCGGGGGUAUCGAGUGGAGAAUUAUGACCCUAAGGCAGUAGGCUCUUUUGCAUUUCCAGAGUUUCUCCCCUGUGACCCUGCGAUCUCUCCCAGCCUUCGAGCUGCAGCCCAGAUUUCUAGGGGAGAGAUUGUCCGCAUCUCAGGAUUAGACUACAUGGACAGUGCCCUUCUGAUGGGGAGGGACAGGGACAAGCCUUUUAAGCGCAGGUUAAAAUCAGAGUCUGUGGAAACAUCCCUCUUCCGAAAGCUGCGGACCGUUAAGAGUGAGCAUGAGAACUUCAAGUUCACGUCUGACCUGGAAGAGGGCUGUCUUGACAGGGGAAUUCGCCCUUGGAGUUGCCAGCGUUGCUUUGCGCAUUAUGACGUACAGAGCAUCCUGUUCAACAUCAAUGAAGCCAUGGCUACAAGGGCUAAUGUGGGCAAAAGGAAAAAUAUCACCACUGGGGCUUCUGCUGCGUCACAGACCCAGGUGCCCACAGGCCAGGCAGGUGGCUGCGAGUCUCCACUGGGCAGCAAAGAGGACCUCAACUCCAAGGAAAACCUGGAUGCAGAUGAGGGCGAUGGCAAGAGCAACGACCUGGUCCUCAGCUGUUCACACUUUAGGAAUGAGAUUGGUGGUGAGGGUGACCGGAGGAUCGCACUCUCCCGGGCCAGCUCAGGCUCCUUCAGCUCCGGUGAAAGCUGCUCUUUCGAGUCGUCCCUCAGCUCCCACUGUACCAAUGCAGGUGUCUCAGUCCUGGAGGUCCCCCGGGAGAGCCAGCCCAUCCACAGGGAGAAGGUCAAGCGCUACAUCAUCGAGCAUGUGGACCUUGGAGCGUACUACUACCGGAAGUUCUUCUAUGGGAAAGAACACCAAAACUACUUUGGAAUAGACGAAAACCUUGGUCCUGUGGCAGUCAGCAUCCGCAGGGAGAAAGUGGAAGAUGCCAAGGAGAAAGAAGGAUCCCAGUUCAACUACAGGGUGGCUUUCAGGACAAGUGAGCUUACGACCCUGCGAGGAGCCAUCCUGGAGGAUGCUGUGCCCUCCACCGCCAGGCACGGCACCACCCGUGGACUCCCGCUCAAAGAAGUUCUGGAAUAUGUCAUCCCAGAGCUCAGCAUCCAGUGCUUGCGGCAGGCUUCCAGCUCCCCCAAGGUCCCAGAGCAGCUGCUCAAGCUUGAUGAGCAAGGGCUAAGCUUUCAGCACAAGAUUGGGAUCCUUUAUUGCAAAGCAGGCCAGAGCACGGAGGAAGAAAUGUACAACAAUGAGACAGCAGGACCAGCUUUUGAUGAAUUCCUUGAUCUUCUGGGCCAGAGAGUACGGCUGAAAGGAUUCAGUAAAUACCGCGCACAGCUGGACAACAAAACGGAUUCCACAGGAACCCAUUCCCUUUACACCACAUACAAAGACUACGAGCUCAUGUUCCACGUGUCGACCCUGCUUCCCUACAUGCCAAACAACAGGCAGCAGCUCCUGAGGAAGAGGCACAUCGGAAAUGACAUAGUCACUGUGGUCUUCCAGGAGCCCGGGGCGCUCCCGUUCACCCCGAGGAGCAUCCGCUCACACUUCCAGCAUGUCUUCGUCAUCGUGCGGGUGCACAGCCCCUGCACAGAGAAUGUCUGCUACAGUGUUGGAGUUUCCAGGUCAAAGGAUGUGCCACCAUUUGGUCCCCCAAUUCCCAAAGGUGUAACUUUUCCAAAGUCAGCAGUGUUUCGGGACUUCCUUUUAGCCAAGGUAAUCAAUGCAGAGAAUGCAGCCCACAAAUCAGAAAAAUUUCGAGCAAUGGCCACUCGAACAAGGCAAGAGUACUUGAAAGACCUGGCAGAGAAUUUCGUCACGACUGCCACCGUGGACACCUCUGCAAAAUUCAGCUUCAUCACACUAGGUGCAAAGAAGAAGGAGAGAGUGAAGCCCAGGAAGGAUGCUCAUCUGUUCAGCAUUGGGGCCAUCAUGUGGCACAUGGUGGCACGGGACUUUGGCCAGUCUGCCGACAUCGAGUGUCUUCUUGGGAUUUCCAAUGAGUUCAUAAUGUUGAUUGAAAAGGAUUCCAAGAACGUUGUGUUUAACUGUUCGUGCAGGGAUGUUAUUGGGUGGACAUCUGGAUUAAUGAGUAUCAAAGUAUUUUAUGAAAGGGGAGAAUGUAUCCUUCUGUCCUCAGUGGAUAACUGUACUGAAGACAUACGGGAAAUUGUGCAACGAUUGGUAAUAGUGACUAGAGGCUGCGAGACUGUAGAGAUGACCCUGAGGAGGAAUGGGCUGGGCCAGCUCGGCUUCCACGUGAACUUUGAAGGCAUUGUUGCGGAUGUGGAACCUUUUGGCUUCGCCUGGAAGGCUGGCCUCCGCCAAGGCAGUCGCCUGGUGGAAAUCUGCAAAGUGGCCGUGGCCACGCUGACCCACGAGCAGAUGAUCGACCUGCUCCGGACUUCUGUGACUGUGAAGGUGGUCAUCAUCCAGCCCCAUGACGAUGGCUCUCCCCGGAGAGGGUGCUCAGAGCUCUGCCGUGUUCCCCUGGUGGAAUAUAAGCUAGACAGCGAGGGCGCACCCUGUGAGUACAAGACCCCCUUCAGGAGGAACAACGCAUGGCACCGCGUGCCCACCCCUGCCCUGCAGCCCCUCUCUCGAGCCUCACCUGUGCCUGGCACACCCGACCGCCUGCAGUGCCAGCAGCUGCUCCAGCAGGCUCAGGCUGCCAUUCCCCGCAGCACCUCAUUCGACCGGAAGCUACCUGAUGGCACCAGAAGUUCUCCCAGCAACCAGUCCUCCUCCAGCGACCCGGGACCUGGCGGGAGUGGACCCUGGAGACCACAAGUGGGCUAUGACGGGUGCCAGUCCCCUCUGCUGCUGGAGCACCAGGGCCCGGGCCCUCUGGAUUGUGACGGGGCCAGGGAACAUGAGGACGCCAUGGAAGGAAGUAGGGUUACAGAAUCCAAAUGGCAUGGCCCACCUUCCAAAGUCCUCAACACCUACAAAGAAAGAGCCCUGCAGAAAGAUGGAAGUUGCAAAGAUUCUCCCAAUAAGCUUUCUCACAUUGGAGACAAGAGCUGCUCCAGUCAUUCCAGCAGCAACACGCUAUCCAGUAACACCUCCAGCAACAGUGAUGACAAGCACUUUGGGUCAGGGGACCUGAUGGACCCAGAGUUGCUGGGGCUGACCUACAUCAAAGGGGCGUCCACAGACAGUGGCAUUGACACAGCCCCCUGCAUGCCAGCCACCAUCCUUGGCCCCGUGCACCUGGUGGGCAGCAGGUCCCUCAUCCACAGUCGGUCCGAACAGUGGGCUGAUGGGACUGAAGUCUCGGGGACCGAUGACGAACCAGCCAAGAUGUACGCUGUGCACAGUUACACCUCUGCCAUCUCCACCAGUGGGGCCGCUGAUGGCAGCGUGGGCGACCUCAGCGAGGUUUCUUCUCAUUCCAGUGGCUCUCACCAUUCAGGAAGCCCUUCGGCGCACUGUUCCAAAAGCAGUGGAUCUCUGGAUACAUCCAAAGUCUACAUCGUGUCGCACAGCAGCAGCCAGCAGGUUCCCGGGUCCAAGUCCUACCACAGACAAGGGGCAACAAACAAGUAUGUCAUUGGCUGGAAGAAGUCAGAAGACAGUCCUCCUCCUGAGGAGCCCGAAGUGACUGAGUGUACCCGGAUGUACAGUGAGAUGGACGUCCUGGCCACAGCAGCUCAGUGUCAGACCGCCGUCGGAGAUGCCGGUUCAGAAACUCAGCAUGUCUUGUCCAAAGAAGAUUUUCUGAAGUUGAUGCUUCCUGACAGCCCCUUAGUGGAGGAAGGGAGAAGAAAGUUUUCUUUCUACGGGAACCUGUCUCCGAGGAGGUCACUCUACCGCACCCUCUCUGAUGAGAGCGUGUGCAGCACCCGAAGGGGCUCCUCCUACGGCAGCUCCCGCAGCUCCAUCCUUGACCAAGCGCUGCCCAACGACAUCCUGUUCAGCACCACCCCACCCUACCACAGCACGCUGCCUCCGAGGACCCACCCUGCCCCCAGCAUGGGCAGCCUGCGAAAUGAGUUCUGGUUCUCCGAUGGGUCCUUAUCAGACAAGUCCAAGUGUGCAGACCCAGGCCUGAUGCCCCUCCCAGACACGGCCAUGGGCCUGGACUGGUCCCACCUGGUGGAUGCCGCCCGGGCAUUUGAAGGUCUUGACUCAGAUGAAGAACUCGGGCUGCUCUGUCACCACGCGUCCUAUCUAGACCAGAGGGUGGCGUCCUUCUGCACCCUGACGGAUCUGCAGCACAGGCAGGACUUGGAAGGGGCCCUGGAGCUGCCCAUGUGUAUAGAUCCAGGCAGUGGCAAAGAGUUCAUGGAUGCUUCUGGGGAGCGCUCUCCAUCCACACUGACUGGGAAAGUGAACCAGCUGGAGCUGAUCCUCCGACAACUGCAGACCGACCUUCGAAAGGAGAAGCAGGACAAGGCUGUCCUGCAGGCGGAGGUGCAACAUCUGCGGCAGGACAACCGGCGGCUGCAGGAGGAGUCGCAGACGGCUGCCGCCCAGCUGCGCAGGUUCACGGAGUGGUUCUUCAACACUGUAGACAAGAAGUCCUAGCCCCCCACCCCUCUGAACCUCCUCGGGGACUAUUGGGGACCGCUGAGGACCACCUGCUGCCCCUCCCUUGUUGCACACCAUCUUCCCGCGUGCUGUCCACACCGUAGAUGUUUUUGCUGUCCCAUUCUUUGUCAUACCGUCACCCCAGCAGGACAGGAGGGCACCGAGCAGCACGGUGGAAAGAGGACUGUCCCUCCUGGGUGAUAGCAGAUGUAGACCUGGUUGGUAGGACGCUGCUGGAGCAGCACCUGUCUCAGCCUGCUCCAGGGAUGAGCGCAAAUGUCACCUGCUGAUUCAGGUGACCUGCAGAGGUGCUAAAGCAAUGUACCGAAGCUGGGCUUUAGUAUUGUAAAAUAAACGUGGAAACAAAUAAUCAGACAUAUACUUUAAUGUUAAAGGUGCUCUAUUUUUUUGGAUGUACAGUAGUUUUAUUUCCACAGCCACAUUAUUAUAGCAAUAAGGGAGGCACAGUGAAUAGCUGGAAAAGCUGUGCUGGGGGAAGCACUGAUGUGUUUAAUGCUAGAUCAAAUGCAGUUCUUUAGAGACUUAUUUAUUUGCAGGAACAAAUGGUGCCUGAAUCUUCACAGUGUUUUGAUUUGUUUUUGAGAUACAUAUGCCUUGUAAAUGGCUCAGGAGUCGUCAGUGGUCACCCCAACUCCCAGUUCCCUUUAUAUAGUUGCUCUGCUGAAUUCCAUCUGCUUCCUUGCUGGAACUCCAGGUAUGCCGUGAGCCAGCAGGAUCGCGUGCACAAGGCCAGACUUGUUUAUCUUUGUACAGAAGCUCUCAUGAAGUGUCUUGUAUUUAACACCCUUAUUUAAGCUUAUUUAACCUUAAAUUGUUAAUUUUAUAAGAUUUGGUUUUACCUGCACUACAAAGAUGGAGGGAGGGAGGGAGCGAGCCCGGAGCCAACAGAGCUCACCCAGGACCAUCGUGAGGCAGGGUGGGAGAGUCUAACAACUGGAUGCUGCUAGUAACAAGUUGUUUGUAUUGCUUUACCAUUUUUAACUGUUAUAUUUGAGAUGAACAUACAUUUUGCUUUUUUAAUAAAUGUUUAAAAGAAGCCCACAUAAACA